CAUACAUUAAUCUCUCAUGGCUCCUCCAUGGGUUCAAGAACUUCAUCUCAAUCCCUUAACUAUUCCGAUCACUAUCGUAAACACAUUCUCCGUCACUCCAUCAAAACUUAUUCCUGUUAAACCAGGAGAUAGUUUAUAUCUUUCAAAUCUCGAUGACAUGAUUGGCGCGCGCGUGUUUACACCAACCGUGUACUUUUAUCAAUCAGACAAGUCUAGUACUUGUUUCCAAAAACCGGUCACGGAAAUACUUCGCCUUGCUCUCGCGGAUGUUUUAGUUCCUUAUUACCCUCUCUCAGGAAGGUUAAGAGAAACCAAAACCGGUAAAUUGGAAGUGUUUUUCGGAGAAAAAGAAGAAGAAAAAGGUGCGUUAAUGGUCGAAGCAAGAUCAAACAUUGCAUUAUCUGAAUUAGGUGAUUUUGCAGCUCCAAACCCAUCUUGGGAACCAUUGAUUUUCAAAUUCCCAAAUGAAGAACAAUACAAAGUCUUAGAAAUGCCACUUGUUAUAGCUCAAGUUACAAUCUUCGCGUGUGGUGGAUUUAGCCUCGGUUUACGCCUUUGUCAUUGUAUAUGUGAUGGAAUGGGAGCAAUGCAGUUUCUAGGAGCAUGGGCUGCAACAGCGAAAACCGGAACAUUGGUAACCGAACCUAAACCUUGUUGGAACAGAGAAAUUUUCAAGCCACGCGAUCCGCCUCAAGUUAAAUUUCCACACAUGGAGUUCAUGAGAAUCGAUGAAAGAUCGAAUUUAACAAUGAAACUAUGGAAAACAAAGCCGGUUCAAAAAUGUUAUAGAAUAAAACGCGAGUUUCAAAACCAAUUGAAAUCGCUCGCACAACCAUUAGACGCUGCCGGUUGUACUACCUUCGAUGCAAUUGCAGCACAUGUUUGGAGAUCAUGGGUUAAAGCACUAGAUGUGAAGCCGCAAGAUUACGAAUUAAGGUUAACGUUUUCGGUUAAUGCUAGACAGAAACUUAAAAAUCCACCAUUAAAAGAAGGGUUUUACGGUAACGUGGUUUGUGUUGCUUGUACAACAAGUAAAGUUUCCGAGCUUGUGAACGGUAAAUUACCAGAAACAACACUAUUAGUUCGCGAAGCGAGACAGAAUGUAACCGAGGAAUAUUUGAGAUCAACCGUUGAUUAUAUCGAGGUUGAUCGGCCAAAACAACUUGAGUUUGGUGGUAAACUUACAAUAACACAAUGGACAAGAUUUUCAAUUUAUAAAUGUGCUGAUUUUGGAUGGGGUAAACCAAUUUAUGCUGGUCCUAUUGAUUUAACACCAACACCUCAAGUUUGUGUUUUUUUACCUGAAGGUGAAGAAAUUGAUUGUAGUCAUGGUUCUAUGAUUGUUUGCAUUUGUUUACCUCAAUCUGCUGCUGACAAGUUUACACAAGCAUUGUUGAUUGAUUCAAUGUAGUAUUGAGACAUAAUAGACCUUAAUAU